AGGUACCUUAACCCUUGGUUUGUGGACCGCGGGUUAGUCGAAGGUGGAAAGAAAGUUGCUGAACCGCGUCUGCAUUGAUUCAAUCAAUUCUUGGCACUCAGAUCUGGACGCCAUCGCCACCUUCCUCAACCUGUCGCCAUGGCUUCUGCCUGCAUUGCCUCCUCGGCCGUGAGCUCUUUCGUUGCUCUGACGGCCCCCUCCAGUCUGAGGACUGAGGCUCCUGCCGGUGUUCCGGCCCUGCCCGUGCGUGGGUCAUGCGCAGGAUCGAGCUUCAAUGGCAGAAGCCUGCGCCUCGCAAAGGCAGUUUCAGGUGCUCGCUACCCAUCCCGCACCAAGAUUUCUGCCAAGCAGGUCGAGGACCCAGUUGAGAGUAUCGACGCGCAGACAGAGGACCUCUUGAAGGAUCUCCAAGAGAAGUGGGACAAGGUGGAGAACAAGUCGUCUGUGUACCUGUAUGGUGGAGGUGCACUUGUCGCCCUGUGGCUGUCAUCCACAAUUGUUGGGGCUAUCAACUCUGUCCCUCUGCUGCCGAAGUUUGCAGAGCUGAUUGGAUUGGGAUACACCGGCUGGUUUGUGUACCGGUACCUCCUCUUCAAGUCGAGCAGGAAAGAGUUGUUGUCUGACAUUGAGGAGCUGAAGGGCAAGAUCACCGGCGCCAAGGACGAGGUCCUCUAAGUGGCAGCCCCUCAACAUUGCUUGAAUAGCAAUGCCUCCUAUAGAGUUCGUUUGUGAUAGACUUUGAAUCCAGUGCCCCAGACAUAAAAGUUUACAUAGGAUACCGUACGGUAGGAAGAUUUUGAGUAUCUCAUCAUGCAUGUAACCUUCCUGGAAGGACCCUUCAUGGUGAGAAUCUAAAAGUUUGUGAAUGCCUCAACCUGAGAAGCCAUUUUUGGUGAAGCCCAGCCAACAAGCAUAAACCUGUGCAUUGUCACGCAUUGACAUGAAACCGAAUUUACAGUGGCA